AUGAUUUUAAUAUUUUGUGUUUUCACGCGACAAACUGCUCUUUUAUGCUACGAUGGAAAUACCGAUCAGUGUCCUCAAGAUUACCUGACAUUUAAUGAAAGCAAUUUUGCAAAUUUGGAUUCAUUAUUCAAUGAUACAGAAGCAAGGGUUCUAUUUUGCAAAUCUAUACCAAACUUUUUAGAAAACCCAUUAUAUAUCGGUGAGAACAAGAAAAUGCUCACAUUUUUAAAAUCCGAUUCAUUAUUAGAGAAACCAAGUAUUUCACUAAGUAUUGAUGUAAAUAAUGCAUGUGAUAUGGCAUUCGAAAAUAUUAAAGUUAAUUUCAAUGUCUUGGACCCUAAUAUCAAAAAUUAUCAGAUUAUUUUAAAGUUUAUUAACUCAAUUAUAUAUGAAAAUAAAGAACUUCAAUUAUUGAAGUCACGAUGUUACACAGAUUCUUAUUCCUACAAUUACGUUCUUCAAUUUAAUUUCGGUCAAAUUUAUCUAAAUGGUAGUUUCAAUAAAAUAUAUUUUGACACAAACAGUUCAAUGAAUGCUACAUAUAUUUACCAGGGUUCAGAAGUGCUAAUUUAUAAACCUAUUAGUUCCCAAAAUUUUUAUUUAACUACUGAUCAAGUAAUUUCAAUUUCUUCAAUUCAAGGAGUCAAAAUUGAGUAUUUUAUUUAUUUCAAUAGCUCUAAAGGAUAUAAAUUUAAUCCAAAUGAAAGCUCUGAUCUACUAUUAUACAUAAAAGGAAAUUUUGAUGGAGUAAUCACUGAUUUUCCACAGCGUUCUAGACUUGCAUUUUCUAAAGAUUCUUCUGUUACUUUAGAUUUUACAGAUAAUAGAACAAAAUUUAAUUUUGAUAAGAUAAGUAUCCAAAGUGGUGCUACAUUAAACAUCACAUCGAAAGCACACAUUAGAUUAGAUAUUUUAAAUUUAUAUGCGAACUCAAAAAUGAACCUUUUCCAAAACAUUAAUAACACAGUUAAACAAAUCCAUGUUGACGUAAAAAGUUUGUUUUUCCAAGGUGGUGAUUACACCAUUAUAAAUAAUAAUUAUAAUGCGAGUGAAGUACAAACUAAUAAGGUAACCAUUAUAAAACUAAUCAAUACAUCCUUUCCUAAAAUAGUUGCAAAAAUUAAUUAUAAAGAAUACACAAAAAUUUAUUCAGAAGAUAAAAACUCAUCCCCUUCAAGAUUUCAGAUUAAUCCAAAGGAUUUAGAUGAAAAUGCUUCAAUAUAUUUUGGCAAUAAAUAUCCAUUUUUCUGCACUAAAUACAUGGAUUGUUCGAAGGUGGAUAUUAUGACUCUUUUUCUCAAAAUUGCACCAACAUACAAAUAUUUUAGCUUAGGCGAUGGAAUCAAUUUGACAUGCGAUGUUAUAGAUGAAUAUUCAUGUUUUGAAUACCAACUUACAUCAAAUAUUUAUCCUCUAGCUACAAUAACAAAUAAAGAAUAUAAGACAACAAAAAGUGAUGUUAGAUUGUUUAUUAUAAUGGCAAUAUUGUCCUUGAUUUCAAUACUUGUCGCAAUAUUUAUCGGAUGUAAAACAUAA